AUGCAGUUGGAGUACGAUUCACCCAACUUGGUUCAGCGGUUUCUGCUGGUGCUCUUCUACUACCAAACCACCAGGUACAAACCGUGGAAAGAAAGCAAUCCACCAGCAUCUCCCCAAGGGAGUGCAACAGCCAAUUUCUGCUACCAACCACAUCCUACCACUGGUGAAGCAACAGUGCAAAUAUGGGGUGAUCAGUGGCUCUCUGCCAGUCAUGAAUGCAAGUGGGCUGGAAUUAUCUGUGAAGCUGUGGAAUCAGAGGAAAGGACAGUGGUUGAGCUACGUCUUUAUUGGAAUGAUCUUAAUGGCCCUCUUCCCUGGGAGAUCACAAGAUUGCCACUGCUAAGAUUUCUACGGCUCAACAACAACAUGCUGACUGGAGCACUGCCAACAGGACUGUUUUCCAAAAAGGCAGGUGUUGCCUUGGAAUCUCUUGCUUUGUACUCGAAUCAAUUUUCUGGCACUAUUCCUGCAGAAUGGGUUGCAAGCCUUCUUGAAGGAAGUGGAAAACUUACCUUGCUGACUCUGAAUAGGAACACUUUGACCGGGACUAUUCCAUCAGAGUUGGGUCUACUCUCUUUGAACACCAUUUCACUCAAAGACAACUCUCUGACGGGUUCUCUCCCAGAAGAACUAUUCAAACAAAGCUCUCUACAAGUGCUCUAUUUGGGUAGAAAUGAUCUCACGGGAACUUUGCCAAGUGAAAUUGGACUGCUCGCCAAUUUGGAAUAUCUGAACUUGAACUUCACACAGAUUUCUGGUACCUUGCCCUCAGAGAUUGGCUUGGCAAACCAGCUUGUUAAACUCGAACUCUCUAACACCAACAUGCAAGGGACAAUCCCUGAAGAACUCUACACUGGACUUUAUCUUAGGUUUUUGUACUUGGAUGGGUGCAACUUUACCGGGACCAUCAGCGCAUCACUUGGUCUUUUGACAAAUCUUGAAGAGCUGCAUCUUACCAAUAACAACAUCCAUGGGACCAUCCCGAAUGAGAUUGUGGCAGUAACAAAGCUGGAACAACUACUGGUGGGUGGGAAUGAUCUAUCUGGCACAGUCCCAGUCUCUUUCUGCCAGACUCGCUAUGCUGAGAAAGGCAAUUCUUUAAAGGUUGUGGCUGACUGUUUGCCCAAUCCAGAAACCGGAGUUCCUGCAAUCCAGUGUGCUUGCUGCACAAGUUGUUGCAAUGAGGCAGGACUUUGCUUUGCCACUUGA